GCCUGGGAGCCGCUCCUGCGCUGCCUGUUCGCGCGAGAGUUUGGAGGGGCGGGUUUGGGGUCGGUCUCUAGUGUGGGACUCGUACCGUAGCGCAUCUGAGACCUGCUUAGGCGUCCACUUAGGGCUCGAGGAGCUGGCUCAGGCAGUCGCCGGGGCACCCCGUGUCUGGAAAGCGCAGGAGCGCUCUGGAGAAGCCUGGACAGACCCGCUUCCCCGCAGCCAGGUGCUAGGGUCGGGAGCUAAAGUGAGAGGCCGGCUGUCUUCCAGUGCCUGGGCCACGGCGGCGGCCCUGGGAGCAGAGGUGGAGCAACCCCAUUGCGCUAAAGAUGAAGGGCUGGGGUUUGCUGGCCCUGCUUCUGGGGGCCCUGCUGGGAGCUGUCUGGGCCCGGAGGAGCCAGGAUCUACACUGUGGAGCUUGCAGGGCUCUGGUGGAUGAACUAGAGUGGGAAAUUGCCCAGGUGGAUCCCAAGAAGACCAUUCAGAUGGGCUCUUUCCGAAUCAAUCCAGAUGGCAGCCAGUCAGUGGUGGAGGUGCCUUAUGCUCGCUCAGAGGCCCACCUCACAGAGCUGCUAGAGGAGGUAUGCGACCGGAUGAAGGAGUAUGGGGAACAGAUUGACCCUUCCACCCACCGCAAGAACUACGUACGUGUAGUGGGCCGGAAUGGAGAAUCCAAUGAACUGGACCAACAGGGGAUCCGAAUUGAUUCAGACAUCAGUGGCACCCUCAAGUUCGCGUGUGAGAGCAUUGUGGAAGAAUACGAGGAUGAACUCAUUGAAUUCUUUUCCCGAGAGGCUGACAAUGUUAAAGACAAACUUUGUAGUAAGCGAACAGAUCUAUGUGACCAUGCCCUGCACAUAUCGCAUGAUGAGCUAUGAACCACUGGAGCGGCCCAGACUGACAAGCUUGAUGGAUCACCCCCAGGAGGGGAGAGGGUGGCAAUGCCUUUUAUAUUAUGUUUUUACUGAAAUGAACUGAAAAAAUAUGAAACCAAAA